AUGACUUCAACCUCAACGCUACCAAGACACUCGGGGAUCCUGUAUGUCGAUGAUCAACCCCUCUUUGCGAGACGGAUCGAUUUACUCGAUGUCCGUCGUACAAUAUACCGCCUUGAACUCGAACCUGACUUAUGUCCAUCACAAAUUCCACCUCAUGUGAAUACGGUUAUCAUCAAGCGACAGAAGGAUGGAUGGGAAAAAUGCUUUCGAAAUGAGCAAGCAGCUUAUGAAAAACUCUCCGAGCUUCAAGGAUCCGUUAUACCAAAGCUCUAUGGCCAGGUAAUUUAUGACGGACAACCAGCCCUAGUUCUUUCGGAUGAAGAUGGCUUGAAUCUACAUGAACUUGCAUCCAACCUUGAUAACCAUAUCGAUUACGAUAAUUUGGAGAUCCUGUAG